AUGGAGACAUCUAGCACUGAUAUGGAGCAGGCCCGAGAGCUUGUCAAUAGCCGCAUUGACCAAGUCAGUCAGGAGUUGCACGAAAAGGUCAACAAGGCGCUUCAUGCCAAUCCAGAGACUUGCUUCAAAGAGUUCUUCGCCCACGAUACGCUUACCUCCUUGCUAGAACUGCAUGGAUUCAACGUCACGCGAAGCUCCUAUGGCCUGGAGACUAGCUUUGACGUGUGCGUGGGCGAUGGCGGACGACAAGUUGUUUUCUGUGCCGAGUACGACGCUCUUCCAGAGAUAGGGCAUGCCUGCGGCCAUAAUCUCAUUGCGACUUCGUCCAUUGCCGCCUUCUUCGGAGCUGCCCACGCAAUGUGCAGGCUUAAUAUACCGGGGCGACUCCGACUCCUGGGAACACCUGCGGAAGAAGCCGGCGGCGGCAAGGCGAAGCUCAUUGAUGCAGGCGCCUUCGACCCCCCCGAGGACAUUGCUGCUGCCAUCAUGGCGCACCCGAUUUCAAAGCAGCGGUUGAACUCCAAUGCAUCACUUGGCGACAUUUCAGGCCUGGCGGGUCCCAAGGCCACUGCUAACCAUAAGUUCCAUGUGGAAUUUCACGGCAAAACCGCUCACGCAGCAAGCGGGCCAUGGGGUGGUACUAAUGCCCUGGACGCCGCAGUUUCGGCCUACCAGAACGUCGCACUUUUACGUCAACAUAUUCGCCCAGAUGAAAGAAUACAUUCCAUUUUCGAAGUCGGAGGUACAGUGCCAAAUAUCAUUCCUGACUAUACGCGCAUGAACUGGUGCGUGCGCGCUCCAACUAUUGCGCGAGCCGACCUCCUUCUGGAACGAGUGAAGAGCUGCAUAGGUGCUGGUGCAGCGGCAUCUGGCUGCAGAGUCAGCUACACUCCGUCUCCAACAUAUAUGAAUCUCCGGGCGAACAGUACACUAUGUCAUGCUUAUGUUGAAGACAUGGACAAGUUAGGCAAAAAGGUUAUAGCCUUGCACAACGAAGGGGCUGGUUCGACAGAUAUGGGCAACGUCUCCCAUGUUGUCCCAAGCUUUCACGGUGUAUUCGCCAUACCAACUGAUCCGGGUGUUGUUAGCCACAACCCAAACUUCGCCGCCGCCGCCGCCACAGAUGGAGCACAUGCCGAAGCAAUCACAUGUGCCAAAGGCAUGGCUAUGUUGGCUCUCCGAGUUCUUGCCGAUGAUUCUAUAGCAAGUAAAGCCCGGCGCGACUUUGAAACACCCGAUGAGACACACUGA